CUCUGUUCAUUCGCAUGCUGCAUUUGAACGGAGGCAGACUAGGGGGGGGGAUAGACAAGUAACCGGUCAGAAAUGACUUCACAUUUAAUAUGAGGUCGUGAAUCGACGAUUUCAAAACCAGGACCGUAAACCUCUGGAUUCUUGUUCGCACUGGAUCUAUAUAGUCGUGUCGGAUGAAUAUUUCCCCUCAACUGCCACUAACGGUCGUUUUUUUCCCAGAGCUAGCAUAAAACCAUACCUGGCUCAGGUCUCAUGUAGUCCGUCUUCACUCGCGUGGAUAGCUAGCUGACGCUAAAACACACAAUAUCUUUUAUCUUUGUGUUUUUUUUUAACAACAAAAUGAGAUUUAUUUCACUUCCCAUGAGGAAAGAAACCCCCGGACCCGGUUUUUCCAGUUGCCAAAAUGAGCGUCGAUUUAAUUGAAUCAACUACAUGAGAGGAGUCAAAACAAACAUAUAUCUCCCAAGGAGUGGACAUUUUUAAACGGCGCCAGUUACUCUGGAAAAUAUGGAAAGCGAGGUUUUCUCCCCUUUGCUGGAGCAGUUUAUGCUCACGCCUCUGGUCUGCUGGGUGAAGACAGUCGGCCAGGCGACAUUGACCGAUGGCACCCAAUUAUCGGAAUAUAUUGAAUUAGUGGAUGGGAUUUACCUGAACGAGAUAAUGCUUGAGAUAAAUCCCAAAGCCACGGUGCAGAGGACCAACAAGAAGGUGAACAAUGAUCCCACGCUGCGCAUCCAGAACCUUUCUAUUCUCAUCAGGCAGAUUAAAGACUACUAUCAGGAAAUUCUCCAGCAGCUGGUGAUGAUGCCUUUACCGAACGUGCUGGUUCUGGGCCGGAACCCUCUGUCUGAGCAAGGUCUGGAGGAGAUGAAAAAGCUGUUGCUGCUGCUCCUAGGCUGUGCUGUCCAGUGCGAGAAGAAGGAAGAGUACAUUGAGUGUAUCCAGACUCUGGACUUUGACACCAAAGCUGCCAUAGCAUCCCACAUCCAAGAGGUGACUCAUAAUCAGGAGAACGUGGUGGACCUGCAGUGGUUGGAAAGUGGGGAAAUGCCUUCUGAGGACCUGGACAGCCUCUCCAGAAACCUGGCUUUCCACCUGAAACGCCUGGUGGAUGAGAGGGACACACAGCUGGAGACUAUAGUGGAGUUGACCCAGGAGAGAGACUGUGUGCAGCUGUCUCCACUGGCUCCCUAUCCGACCCAGUCGCCCGGUGACUCCCCUGGCAUGAGGAGGACCGAAAGCCGACAGCACCUCUCUGUGGAGUUGGCAGAUGCCAAGGCCAAGAUCAGACGCCUUCGACAGGAACUAGAGGAGAAGAGUGAGCAGCUUUUGGACACCAGGCAGGAGCUCGAGAACAGUGAAGUGGAGCUCAAGAGGCUUCAGCAAGAGAGCUACCAGCUGGUGUCGGACGCUCGCUCGGCUCGGGCCUACCGUGACGAGCUGGACGCACUCAGAGAGAAAGCAAUCCGUGUGGACAAACUGGAAAGCGAGCUGAGCCGAUACAAGGAGAGACUUCACGACAUUGAGUUUUACAAGGCCAGAGUCGAGGAGCUGAAGGAGGACAACCAGGUCCUGUUGGAGACGAAGAGCAUGUUGGAGGAGCAGCUGGACGCUAACCGGACUCGCUCCGACAAACUGCACCUCCUGGAGAAAGAGAGUCUGCUGCUCAAAUCCAAGGUCCAUGACCUGGAGAUGGAGCGGGACAUGGAUCGUAAACGUAUGGAGGAGCUGAUGGAGGAGAACCUUGUGCUGGAGAUGGCUCAGAAACAGAGCAUGGACGAGUCCCUGCACCUGGGCUGGGAGCUGGAGCAACUAUCCAAGACACCAGAACUGACCGAAGCCCCUCAGAAGUCUCUGGGCGAGGAGGUGAAUGAGUUGACGUCGAGCCGCCUGUUGAAGCUGGAGAAGGACAACCAGACCCUGCUGAAGACUGUGGAGGAGCUCAGAGGAGCAGCCAGUCAGGACACAGUCACAAAACUGGCCAAAUUCAGCCACGAAAACCAGAGACUGAACCAGAAAAUGGAGCAGCUGGGGAGUGAACUGACAGCAGACAGAGAGUCGCUCCGCAGCGCCGAGUCCCUCAGUACUGACCUGAUGAAGGAGAAGGCUCUACUGGAGAAAACUCUGGAAACACUCAGAGAAAACUCUGAGAGACAGCUGAAGGGUCUGGAGCAGGAGAACAAGCACCUGAGCCAGACUGUGUCGUCUCUGCGUCAGCGCUGCCAGGUCGGUGCCGAGGCCCGGGUCAAGGAUGUAGAGAAGGAGAAUCGUGUUCUCCACGAGUCGAUCUGCGAGACAACCGCCAAACUCAAUAAGAUGGAGUUUGAAAGGAAACAACUGCGUAAAGAGCUUGAAGUGGUGAAGGAGAAAGGUGAGAGGGCAGAAGAGUUGGAGAUUCGGAUGCAGAAGCUUGAAAGGGACAAUGACGGCCUGCAGAAAAAAGUUGCCAGUCUUGGACUCACCUGUGAAAAGGUGUUUUCUUUGGAGAAGGAGAACACUGAGCUGGAGGCAGAGGGCCGUCGUCUGAAGAAGAAGCUGGACACGUUGAAGAACAUGGCCUUCCAGCUGGAGGCUCUGGAAAAGGAGAACUCCCAGUUGGAGCAUGAAAACCUGGAGGUUCGGCGCUUGGCUGAGAGUCUCCGGUCAGCGGGGGCAAAGGCCGCUCAGCUGAUAGCCGAGAACAGGGAGCUGGAGAGCGAGAGGAGCCAGAUGAAGCGCAGCCUGGAACUGCUCAAAGCCUCGUCCAAAAAGACGGAGAGGUUGGAGGUGAGUUACCAGGGCCUAGAUACAGAGAACCAGCGCCUGCAGAAGGCUUUAGAGAACAGCAGCAAGAAGAUUCAACAGUUGGAGGUGGAGCUGCAAGAGGUGGAGACUGAGAAUCAAAUCCUCCAGCGCAACCUGGAGGAGCUCAAGAUCUCCAGUAAACGGCUGGAGCAGCUGGAGCAGGAGAACAAGGCUCUGGAGCAGGAAAGCUCCCAGCUAGAGAAAGACAAGAAGCAUCUGGAGAAGGAGAACAAGCGGCUGAGGCAGCAGGCCGAGAUCCGAGACGCUAAACUGGAUGACGACAACCAGCGGAUCUCCACCUUGGAAAAAGAGAAUCGGACGAUGGGCAAGGAGAUGAUCUUCUACAGGGACUCCUGCACGAGAGUCAAAGACCUGGAGAGAGAGAACAAGGAGCUGGUCAAACUGGGCACCAUCGAUAAGAAGACCCUCAGCACUCUCAGAGAGGAGCUUGUGAGUGAGAAGCUGCGGACUCAGCAGAUGAACAAUGAUCUGGACAAGCUGACUCAUGAGUUGGAGAAGAUUGGACUGAACAAGGAAAGGCUGCUGCAUGACGAGAGCUCUGAGGACAGGUUUAAGCUCCUGGAAACCAAACUAGAGUCGACACUAAAAUCCUCUUUGGAGAUUAAAGAGGAGAAGAUCGCCGCCCUGGAGGCCAGACUGCAGGAGUCCUCCAACCUCAACCAGCAACUUCGCCAGGAGCUCAAGACCGUGAAGAAAAACUACGAGGCGCUGCGUCAGAGGGAGGAGGAGGAGAGGAUGGUGCAGAGCUCACCCCCUAGAGGAGCGGAGGACCCUCAGGCUGUCAAUAAAUGGGAGAAAGAGAGUCAUGAAACCACCAGAGAGCUGCUGAAAGUCAAAGACAGACUCAUUGAAGUGGAGAGGAAUAAUGCCACACUGCAGGCUGAGAAGGCGGCCCUGAGGAGCCAGCUCAAACAACUGGAAACUCAAAGCUGCAACCUGCAGGCUCAGAUAGUGGCCGUGCAGAGGCAGACUGCUUCUUUACAGGAGAACAACACGACACUACAGACGCAGAACGCCAAGCUGCAGGUGGAGAACUCCACCCUGAGCUCAAAGAGUGCCGCACUCAUGGCCCAGAACGCCCAGCUGCAGACCCAGCAGAGCAGCGUGGAGGGUGAGCGUGAGGGAGCUCUGAAGGAUAAAGAGGAGCUGAGGUCCACCUACGAGCUGCUCCUCCGCGAUCACGAGAAGCUGGCGGCGCUCCACGAGAGGCAAGCGUCAGAGUAUGAAGCCCUGAUCGGAAAACACGGCGGCCUGAAGACCUCCCACAAGGGCCUGGAGCAGCAGCACAGGGACCUGGAGGACAGGUACAAGCAGCUCCUGCAGAAGAAGGGAGAGCUGGAGGAUCUGGAGAAAAAUCUAAAGGAGAAGCAGGAAAAAAUGGUGCUGGAGAAUCAAACGCACCAAGCCACAGCUGACAAGUACAAACUGCUCAAAGAAGAAAACGAUCGGCUGAAUAAUACUCAUCGUCAGCUGGUGAAGGACAAUGAGAAUCUCCAGCUGGACCAUAAGAACACAAAGACCCAGCUGAACAGCGCCAAGCUGGACCAAACCAAGCUGGAGGCUGAGUUCUCUAAACUGAAGGAGCAGUACCAGCAGCUGGACAUCACCUCCACCAAGCUCACCAACCAGUGCGAGUUGUUGAGCCAGGUGAAGGGAAACCUGGAGGAGGAGAAUCGCCACCUGUUGGACCAGAUCCAGACUCUGAUGCUACAGAAUCGCACACUGCUGGAGCAGACCAUGGAGAGCAAGGACCUGUUCCACGUAGAGCAAAGACAAUACAUAGACAAGCUGAAUGAGCUGAGGAGACAGAAAGAGAAGCUGGAGGAGAAGAUCAUGGACCAGUACAAGUUCUACGACCCCUCUCCUCCACGCAGGCGUGGCAACUGGAUCACUUUGAAGAUGAAGAAGUUGAUCAAGCCGAAGAGCCGGGAGAGGAUGCGCUCUCUCACGCUGACUCCCUCUCGUUCGGAGUAUGGCGACGCGUUCUUGCCGUUUCCCCAGGACAGCCAGGACAGCUCGUCCAUAGGCUCGGGCUCCAACUCUCUGGACGACACACUCACACAGAAGAGGAGCAGCAGGAGGAGAGGGCAGCAGUCCCAUGCCCAAGGGCAGGGAUCCACCAAUGCUUUAAAAAGGUUGCCUUUCAUGAGGAACAGAUCCAAGGACAAAGACAAGGCCAAGGCCAUCUACCGGCGCUCCAUGUCCAUGAAUGACCUGCUGCAGACCAUGGCGGUGGCGGGCGGCCCCGGGGCUCAAUGGGCGAACAGCAUCGAUAACUUAGACGGCGCUGAGGCCGGAGACGCCGGCAUGACGGGGAGCAGCAGGCGCAGUGGGCAGAGCAUGAAAGAGCUCGCCUUUUCAAACAACGCCAUCGACUGUGCCGCGCUCACCCUGCCCAAUGCACGGCAUAGCAGGGCCAAGCUCCGUCUUCAGGUCAAAGAUAAUGCCUCAUGUGAGGAUGUUGUCGGCUCCUUGGAUGACCCCAAGAGUCAAGCCUCCAGACCCACCAGUCUCCAUAGCAACAGGAUCAGUAGUAAUAGUAACAAUAACUCCCACCUCACUUCUCCUCUGGAGGGCAAAGGCGCGUUGAAUGGCAGCCUCAGUAGGCCUCACAGUGAGAGCAGCGGGGAGUUCAGCCUGAGUUUGGACCAGGAGGUGUGGUCCAGCAGCGGCAGCAGCCCCGUCCAGCAGCCCUCCUCCUCCCGCACCUCCCACCAGAGCCCCCUGCAGCUGCGCAGGUCGCUCGACCCGUCCGGCGCCGCAGGCAGCCCCGGACAGACUCAGGGCAGGAAGUCGGGAUCCCUAGCCGGCGAGGUGCUCUCACUGCAGCAGUUCCUGGACGAGGGUAUUGAUCCUGCAGAGUCUGGCAGUCAAGAGAACCUCACUGUCGACUCUCCUCGACUCUCCACUUCUUCUGAGCAUGUGCAGAAAGAACGCACUUUCACAAAGGGGCGGGGCAUCUUACGCUCCUCCAGUGGGAAAGCGGCGCCGGUCAGCUCUGAUCGCCCUCCGAGAUCCACCGGACAACCGGGUCGCCCAACUCUGCGUAAGGCGGAGAGCACCCGUGUGAGAGGCUCUGUCCCGGUCCGCUCCAGCCUGUCAUCGCAGGGCAAAGCCACCUCCGUGGCCGGACGCCUGGACUUGGCUUCCUCCACGCUGCCCCGGGCCAGCAGCGUCAUCUCCACCGCCGAGGGCACCACGCGCCGCACCAGCAUCCACGACCUGCUCUCUAAGGACAACCGGCAGCCCGUGUCCGUUGACACUUCUCCUAACGCCGCCUCCACUAAGGCUGGGGUUUGCUCCCAGCCUACACCCAGUGAGUACCACCCCAACACCACCCCCCCCCUGCCCAAGUCCCUCAGCUUACCUUGCCAUAGCAUGGAGGAUCCCGACCUCUCCACCCUCAAGUCUUUCCUCGGCCCCUCCUUCACUGUAGAGUCGGUGUUCAUGGACUCUAUCUUUAGUGAGUCGGCGUGCAAAAACCUCCCCUUCCUGUCUCUAAACCCCACCCUAGUCAGCAACAUCAGCGGGCCUCCCGUUACAAAUAAAACACUCCCUCCUCCUCCUUCUAUUCCCAACCAUAGUCCCACCCAAAACCAGGCCCCUCACAGCCAAUCAAAUGGCCAGAUGAUAUCCAGCCCAGCCAGUGUGAAAGAGUCUAACGAGGGCGAUGAGCCCAAUGGUGAGAAUAAUUCGGACCAGUCACUGAAUCCAGAGGACAACCAGUCUCUGUGGUACGAGUACGGGUGUGUGUGAAUGACGGGGAGGUUCUGGCUCAUCUUUUCUACCAGACUUGACGUAAAGACGGCUGACGAUCCUCCUCCUCUGCAUGUAUUUAUUGCAGCACUAUCUCUGUGUGGUGUUUUUGUUUUUGUUUUUGUUUGCCAUGGUGCUGAUCAGCAAAUCGCUGUUUUUGUUUUUGUUUUUUUGUCACCUUCUGUUUUCUGCCUUGCUCUUCUCUCCGAGGUGGGACUCUGAUGAAUGUUCUUUCAUCCAACAGCCAUAUUAUUGUUUCCUCAUCUGUUUCACUGGCUAACACGACACUAUUAUCUGCAGUUCAGUGACGUAAUGUCAGAAAUAACCAUCUAGACAGCAAAGCAUUGUGGGACAGAUCUCGUAGCUGCAAUUUCUUAAUUACAAAUCCAAAUUGAUAUUUUUAAAUGUGUCGGAUGAUAGAUUCACUUCUUCACUGUUUAUGAUGAUGUCUCGAUGAUGUUCGGUUUCUCUGCUUUUUAACUCAUCAUUCACUAAAUUGCACGGCUUUGUUCUGUCUGACCCGAAACGCUCAUUUUGAUUGUUGUGAUCAAAAUGGUUCUCGUGUGUACCUUCGUUUUGUUUGUGUUGAUGGUGUGUACAGUUUUGUUUUUGUUCAUUUGACACCUUUCUCUGUAUUUUUCUUUUCUAUAUUAUUAACCGGAGUAUUUGCUCUGCGGGUGUUAACUGACCUCUGGUGACACAAUGAUGAAGCUUCAUUCCCACAGUGAUCAGAGGGAAGGUGCAGUUGUUAUUGAAACAGGAAGUAGUAAGUCUUCAGUGGGCUGAUUUGUGAAUGAAGCUAACAUCAUUUGUUUUGGUAUCUGGAAACUUUUAUUUACUCAUCCCGACGCAACCCAAUUUAAGAAUGGAUAAAAUAGGAUUAUGUAUUUUAGACAAGAUCUUGUACAGAUUGUUAUCAUUAAGUUAUAAUCAAAGACGAGCACUGCUUCGUAGUGCUGUCCGCCUCUAGAUCCUUAUUUAUUUCUGCUUUUGUACUCUGUUCUCGCUGUUUUGAAGUUUAAUGUAUUUAUCUUAAUCUACAGUAUAUGCCGGUAUGAAGUAAAUGAACAUUUCUUUUCACUGUCUACAGAUGUAACAUAAACGUUGCCUUUGUCCUACAGAUGUGGAGGGCAGAAAGUCUAAAAGCAGGAGCGGGGAGCCGCAGCAAAGCUGCUAAACCCCGCCCCCACCGCCCUCGUCUGUCUGCUACCAUGCUGUGAGCGCGUGGUGAGUGAGUGCUGCUCGAGCGGGAGAAAUAGGGAUUGGGGCUGAGGGGAGGGUGGGGUUCGGUCUUGUCUCCAUGGGAACCUAAAACAUGGUGUAACAGAUGUCGUCCAUCCUGCCGUGCACUUGCUUCCCUUGCUCUUCUAAGCCCAAACCUGCCCCUCCUCCUCCUCCUCACUGUCCUGUCCGCCGUCCCCGUGGUGCCAAACGCCUGUUCAGAGCCUGAUGGGACCCUGGUCUGCAUGGCAUAUGGGCCGUUUAACCAUGAACGCUUUGCCUGUUUGUGUCCCCAAAUCCCCCAAUGAGAGGAGUUCUCCGCCCCCAGCACCUCACCGUAUCCCUCCUCCGUGACGCUUCUCGUGUUGUAGGUGAAGCUGGUUUCCUGCUGGUGAAAGAAAAUAGACCCUUUCCUGUUCUCGGUCUGCUUGUUGUUGCUGCAUGGCUUCGGUGUAGCGCUGAAAUCCUUCCCCCUUUCUUGUCCCCUUGACGAUGCAUGUAGAUCCAGGCUGGCUGCUUCCGUGUCCACUUGUAUUUCACUGUCUACGGUUACAAUUUCUGACUUUUAAUCUUCUUUUACUUUGUGUUCUCUUACUUUCUAAUCUGUCUCCCUUUCUUCUCUUACUCCUUCCACUCCUCUUUGCUUGCCUGGGACUCAGAGAGAAAGGUGGCCUUGGAGCUGUGUGUCUGAAGCCUAGUCGAGUUAAUCUGCUGAGACCCUCUACAGUGAGAAAAGAUUGUAUAUCCCAGUUUCCUUUUCCUUCCCUUUAACCCAGGACACUUCAUUAGAGAACAGUGGCUUCCUUCUCUGUUUAGUUUUUUCUUCCUUGAAUCAAGGAAACAGAAAGAUUCUAGAAAAUGUUGCUGUGACAGUUUUUUUUCUUCUGUAAAGACUAAAGCUGUGGCAGAUUGCACUGCCACGUGUCCUUCAGUGUGACGGACUGCUAGAGGUGCACUGGUCUUUACGGACUAAGAUUAAGUGCCAAUGUUCACACGACAGCCAAAAGGGCGAUCUUAAACCAGACUGAUGACUCCAUUUUGGAUCUUCUGUGCAACUUCAGUCAGCCGGACCUUCUUUUGCCCAACGCCAUGAUCACAAAAACUUUUGUAAACGGGCAGCUUGGACAAGCAAAGACGACUUUCAUUCAGGCUCGUACAAAACAUUUUCAAAGCAUGUCGGCACCAAACCUGCUAAACCUGCUAAAAAUGCUGAAAAAUCACAAUCUGCAUGGAGCAAUCAAUCAGCCAAUCACUUCCUUUUGUCCAAUCAAAGAGGAGGACAGCGCUCAGUGGGGAGUUUACUUGCCUGGAUGCCAAAUGGACUUGGACAGGAAGCCAUAACAGCUGUGUGAUUGGCGUCUGUUGCCUGCCAAUCAUGAGUGAAGGUUGUGUGAUCUGAGAGCAAGAGACUAAUCAUGGGAGAGUUUCAGGUCACAGCUGGCAGCCGGGGCCAACCUGAAACAAUCCCGACACACACCUUUGAAUCAUAUAUCCUCAUGGAUCAUUGAGAUCACACUGAACCAUCUCAUUUAUCGCUUCCCAUCCUGCUCUGAAAAGGAAAAUAACAGUAAAAGCACACUUCCUGUUAACGUCAUACCUUCACAGUAACGUGUAUCUACUUUCUCAGUAUAAGUGACCUGUAUCCGACCCAGUACGUGCAGAGUUCUGUAGCUGUGUUGAACAUGAUGAUGAUGAGACCCAGUGUUUUCCUCCUUUUCCACUUUUUACAUAAAUCCAUUUGAUGUAAUUAAAAUUCAUCAAGACUA